UUUGACCUUUCCAACAUGGCAGCCUCCAUAAGAUCAUGUGUGUGUCGGCAAACUCGGUCGAUCUUGGCGUUAAAACACUGUCGCCACAGCACCGUGAGGCUGUUUGGUCAGCAGUUAAGGCAAACAACACGAACAAAACAUAUCUGCACAGUGAACAACUCUCUCUUGAAGAAAACUCCAAACUGGUUGUCAUGGCGACCAAUAGCAACCUCGAGCUGUCUGUCCAGUGCAGAGGAGGCCAGCAAGGAGUCGGAGGAAGACUACCACAGCAUCAUCAAGGACACAGAGAGGGGUCGAGGUCCAUCUGACAAGCAUGAAUUCCAGGCUGAGACUCGUCAACUGCUGGACAUUGUGGCCAAGUCACUGUACUCGGAGAAGGAGGUGUUCAUCCGUGAGCUCAUCUCCAACGCCAGCGAUGCCCUGGAGAAACUGCGCUACGUGCAGCUGAGUGGGUCAGAGGUCAGCGGAGCAGGCACGCCCCUGGAGAUUCACAUUGCAACUGACGAGUCCAAGAAAACUUUCACUAUUCAGGACACGGGCAUUGGUCUGACCAAGGAGGAGUUGAUUGACAACCUGGGAACCAUUGCCAAGUCUGGGUCUAAGGCAUUCAUCGAGCAGCUCAAGGACAAGGCUGAUGCAUCGACCAAUCUGAUUGGUCAGUUUGGUGUUGGGUUCUACUCCACGUUCAUGGUGGGAGACCGAGUGGAUGUGUACACCCAGUCACACAAUCCAGACUCGCCACCCCUCAAGUGGUCUUCUGACGGUUCUGGAUCCUAUGAGAUAUCGGAGGCGGAGGGCGUGCAGCGCGGCACGAAGAUCGUCAUCCAUCUGAAGGGAGACUGCUAUGACUAUGCCAAGGAGGAGAUCAUCAAUGAUGUUAUCAGAAAGUACAGCAACUUCGUGGGUGUCCCCAUCUUCCUCAACGGCAAGAGGGCAAACAUCAUCCAGGCCCUAUGGAUGAUGGACCCCAAGGAAAUCACAGAGGACAUGCAUGAAUCGUUCUUUCGCUUCAUCGCAAAUGCCUAUGACAAGCCUCGGUAUCACUUCCAGUAUAAGACAGAUGCUCCACUCAACAUCCGCGCUUUGUUCUACAUUCCAGAAUACAAGCCCACCAUGUUUGACAUGAGUCGGGAGACGGACGUGAGUGUCACACUGUACAGCAGGAAGGUCAUGAUCCUCCAGAAGGCGAACAGCAUUCUGCCCAAAUGGCUCCGCUUUGUCAGAGGUGUGGUGGACAGCGAGGACAUCCCCCUCAACCUCAGUCGAGAACUGCUACAAGACAGCAACCUCAUCAGGAAACUGCGUCAGGUGUUGACAGCACGUGUCCUAAAAUUCUUACUGGAGCAGGCACGCAAGGAUGAGGACAAGUACCUCAAGUUCUACGAGGAUUACGGCAUGUUCUUCCGGGAGGGAAUCAUCACCACCAUGGAGCAGGACCAGCGGGAGGAGAUAUCGAAGCUGAUGAGGUUUGAGUCAUCCAAGUGUCCGCCAGGAGAGAAGGUCAGCCUACAGGACUACUCCUCUCGCAUGAAGGCCGGGGCGCGGGACAUCUAUUUCCUGUCCGCUCCCAGUCGGGAGCUGGCGGAGUCCUCCCCGUACUUCGAGGCCAUGAAGAAGCAGGACACGGAGGUCCUGUUCCUGUACGAGCCCUACGAUGAGCUGGUCCUCAUGAACCUGGGACAGUACGACCGCAAGAACCUGAAGUCCAUUGAGAACGAGAUCUCCGCUGACAAGGAUGACGCCAACAAGGUGGAUGAGCAAGAUGAGAGCAGCCUGAAGCAGGAUGAGGCGACAACACUGAUGGACUGGCUGAAGACAGUUCUCACCAACAAGGUCCAGCAGGUGAAGGUGACCAAGAGGCUGGAGACCCAUCCCUGUAUUGUGACUGUCCUGGAGAUGGGGUCAGCGCGUCACUUCCUGCGGACGUCCCUGGCAGACAAGAGCCAGGAUGAGAGAUUCCGUCUCCUACAACCAACACUGGAGAUCAACCCAAGCCACACCCUGAUCAAGAAGCUGUACGCCCUGUCCUCCUCCGACCCCACGCUCGCCACGCUGCUCGCCGAACAGUUAUAUGAAAACGCAAUGAUAAACGCUGGACUGAUCGAUGAUCCCAGGACGAUGGUGGGUCGACUAAACCAGCUGCUGGAGAGGGCACUGCAAGACAAGUGAAGCACCACCACCAGGUGGCAGUGACAGGAAGUAGGGGGCGCUGUGAAGUCUGUACUGAGGAUGAAGCAAUGAACAAUACAAGUGUACACUAUUCCUUGAUGUGUUAUUCACGGAAGUUUGGCCCUUGUUUGUAGGUUUCUGUUAUCUUAUUUGUGACCACAUCGAAUAUUCAUCACUUCAGACGAAGAAAAGCAAUGAUGUUGGCAAAAUAAAUUAAAUUGACUUUCAUCUCAUUUUCAUCUCCAGGUUUUUCAUCUUUGGAAAAUGAGUUGUGGCAAAUCUUCAUCAACAAGUUAAAUGUCAUUUUAAUGUCACUGUUCAAUAAAGUCUAAAUUUAGGUUUAGAAUUUAUCAAAUGUCUACACAUUUGUUGAUAUUGACAUUUAUGCAAAUGUCAUAUUUUCCAUAUAACUAUCCACUUCUGAUUGCCAGUGUUGAAUUUCAUCUGGGUAGGCUUUUCUUCAUAUGAGUAUUCUCAAGGAAUUGUGGAAAUACUUUUUUGUGUGAAUGUAAGUUGUAGGGAAUAUAGUACUAUUUAGUGUGAUUGUAUAUGGUAGGAAUAUAGUACUGUUGUGUGUGAGUGUAUAUUGUAGGGAAUAUAGUUUUAUUGUAUGAGUGAACUUUAGGAGAGUGUGUACAUACGUAGACCUGAAACAGUACAAUUCGCUGCUGAGGUCUGGUGCCAAGAUAGCUGUGUUCAUUCAA